AUGCCUCCCACUUUUAGCCAGAGCCGAAUGUGGGAAAUGGCCAAAGUUAACCUAGAGCCUAAUUCUAAUCCAGGAUUUUAUCUUUUACAGCUGAAAAUUUUAGAAGAGAAGGUAGAUUCUUUAACUCCUACAAAUGAGGAACUUUCAUGCUUAAAAAAUUUUCAAACUAAAGUCAAACAGUUGAUUUCUACAUAUAUUCAUGAACAAAAGUUGUUUGGUACCCAGAUAUUAAUUAUUUUCCUAAAGAAAGUUGUUGAAGCAGUUGAUAUUGGAUCAUUCAAAAUGGCAAACUUAUUAAAAGGUCACAUGACUUUUGAUGUCAUGUGCAUUUUUUCAGGACCUAUCUCAUUGGAAGAGAAUCAAAGUUUUGCUGAUCAAGUAAAAUGUGAUUUAAUUACAGAAGACCUUAAAGAUUAUCAAAGUCAUACCUCUGAUGAACAUCCCCAUGUGAAUGUAAUCACUGAAGUCCAUUCAAAUUGCAAUGUUAUGUUGUGGCCUGCUGCACGAUGUCUCGACAGAUAUGAUGAAGAUGUCCAUAUUUCUCAGAAUUUACUUAAGAAUAACUUAAUGGCCUUAAAACAUGUAUCGUGGUUUAGUGAAUAUGCCAUCAAUGAAACAGUUAUUGCUCAGAUGAUCCUUUUACUGAAAGAUAUGAAAAAGAAAUUUAAUGGUUUUAAACCCCUGAACCCAUGGCUAUUAUGUUUAUUGGCACAUUAUAGCGUCACCAAUAACUAUGACAGAAAAACUUUGACCUUGGAUGCAGCUUUUAAGAGAUGCUUGAAAUUGUUAUCAGCAGGUUUAUUGCUGCCCCAUUCAGUUGGCAUUGUUGAUCCGUGUGAUGAUAAAGUAGGGAGAUCUCACAUGUAUAUGUCUCUCCACCAACAAGACUACCUGUGUGCCACAGCCCAAACAUUAUUAAGGCUGUACAAUGCAUUUGGUAUUGAAAAAAUUCUUAACUUUACGGAAUUGGAUAUACAAAGUUUGUACCUGUUUUAUUUCACAAUAGCAAUUCGAGCUUUAUCAAACUGUUGA